AUGGAAUUAGUUUUUUAAGUGGUUAGUUAGGUCUCAAUUUCUUCACUACUAAUUUCCUUAUUACUUUAUUUGAAUUCUUAGCUUUUGCUAAUUUAGGUAAUCUGUCUACUUAUUUUUGGAUUUUUUUAUUACAAAUUUGAAAAGAAAAACAAAUAUUAUAAGUGGGUUCUUCUUCAUAGGAUUUAUGAGCUUAUAUUACCUUUUCUAAAGUAAUCAAAUAUUAUUUCGAAUCUUCGAAGAGAUUUUGUCUGGAGUAUAUUUAAAAUAUAAUUCUAAUAGUUAAUGAGAUUUCUAAUAUGAGCAGUUUAGGCUUUGGGUUAUAUUUAUGUGCCUGA